CACGAUUUUUAUUGGACGAGCUGUCAACUCUCAUUCUGAUUGGCUACGAUAUGCUCGCCUUGCAACUCCUGCACCGAACCGUUGAAAAAGUUCUUUCAAGCAAACCUUGAUAUUUGCCCUGUCGACCAAUGGCAACGACUGCGCAAAAGAAAACAGAUCAGAUCCUGAACAGUAGCAACGCACUACUCCAACGAAAUACACUAAAUACACUACUGAAUCGUGCAAUUAAAUUUCGAAAAUCACGUUAUGUUGACGAGAAACUCGAACUGUUCAAACGAAAGUAUGCACCGAUCAACACCACCGAUCGCAAGAUCCAGUCUGAAUUUGCGAACGAUCCCGACACGGACCAGCUAGAACUAGUGGAUGCUAAUGGCUUUGAGCGACCCGAAAAGAUGCUCUUUAGCAAAGACAAGCUCAAUGUCAAUUGGUCGUCCAUUCGGGCAGUCGGUGCGGGUCUGACUGACGAUCUGGGACGAAUGUCUGCACUGAACGCUGUUCUUCAAGUGUUGACAUAUACACCCAUUUUUGCAAACUACUUGUUUGCAAGGUACCAUGGCAACAACUGCAUUAUGCAAGAUUACUGCUUUGUAUGUGCAUUAGAGGAGCAUGUCUCGCAAUGUUUUAAGCAAAACAUAGGAGCUGUAAGCCCUCGCUAUUUUGUUGGUCAAUUGAAACAAAUGGAAAGUCAGACAUCAAGCAAUGCAUAUAUGGUGUGGGAGUAUAUGAUGAAACAAAUCCAAAAAUCACUACUUUCUGAAAAAAGCUCUCCUGAUAAGCGGAUACAGGAAACCACUGCAUUACACCAAAUGUUUGGUGGGUACAUGCAAGAUAAAUAUGUAUGCGAUGCCUGCAAGAAAGAAGCAAACACAUAUGAACCAUUUUUAAACAUCACCGGUGAUAUUACAAAGAGCAACACAAUGGAAAAAUGCCUGUCUCAAAGAUUAAAAGAACAUCAAGCAAAUUUGCAUCUUUGCCCAAGCUGCGAGAGCGAAAGCUCGGGACGGAGGAAAUUGUCAAUGUACCGUACGCCUAAAGUGCUCACUAUCCAUUUAAACCGACUCGAGCAUGGAAAAAAGAAUGAUAAAAACGUCAAAUUCAGCGAAACAUUUGAUAUUCAACGUUACAUAUCCGAAACCGAGAAAGAAAACGUCGAACACAUAUACCAUCUCAAUGCCAUUAUUGUCCACCAAGGGACUUCUUUAUUGGGUGGUCAUCAUGUUGCUUACGUCAAAGCACCCAACGGACAGUGGCAUUGCUUUGACGGCGAUUCGGUUCAACAAGCUAGCGUCAAGCGGGUACUUGACCAGAAGCCUCACAUGCUUUUCUAUACCGCAGAGCCUCUCAAAAAGCAACAAAAGAGCAAGCAGCAGCAGCAGACCAAGUCAAAGAAGCAAAUAACAAAGGGGUUGAAAGCCACCAAAUUUGUAGCUGAGCCAUUCGAAAGGCAAGCGGAAGAACAAGAGGUUAUUGCACCGGAAACCGUGGAUAAUUCAGUAAUCUCGGUUGGUGAAAACGGUGAAAAGAAGGAGGAGGAAGAUGAAUACGCCGAUGACAAAGAAGACGAUGGUGUGGAUACUGUAGUAGCGAGACCAGUAGCUGACAAUCCACGUGCUGUUAUUGUGAGCCACGACGAUAAAAUGGAUACCAAGAGAAGCAAACUGGACGCAUUGAUAGAACUCGAAGAAUCGUCAGGAUCUAGUGCACAAGCUAAGCAAAUUUUACUUUCAAAAUCACAGCAUCCACAGUUCUCGGAAAACGUUGCACGUUGGGAUGAAGAAGACACGGGUAGCGUGGUGAAUGAAAAGGAGCGAUUAAAGGCGCUUAAAAAGACCAAGGCAAAGCGGAAGCGGCUGGACGCGUAUGACCAAGAAUACGAUCGUGGCAAGAUCAAGAAGGUUAAGAAGAAAACUACCGAAAAAUUCAACCAGCCCAAUGUUUUCCAAAUGGCAGCGGAACAAAUGCAGAAGAAAUAAAGAGUAUUUUAUUUAUGUACGUCUGAGAAUUUGUAUAUACUGUAUACUAUCU